CCGGGAGGAGGAGUUGGACUCGGCACAGGAGUGGGACCUGGCUCUGGGGUUGGUUUUGGUCCAGGUGGUGCCGGCACUGGGUCAGGUGGUCUUGGUUAUGGUCCUGGUGGUGCUGGCACUGGCCCUGGAGGAGCGGGCUAUGGGCCAGGUAGAACUGGGUACGGUCCAGGUGGAACUGGAACUGGAUUAGGAGGAGCAGGAACAGGACCUGGAGGGUAUGAUGCCAAUGCCAAAGCUCGUAAAUAUGGCAUGUUAAGUGGAGCACUUGGAGGUCCAGGAAGCGCAGGAGGAGUCAGGCCUGGUGGUGCUGGUACAGGCUACGGACCAGGAGGAGUUGGACCAGGUGGUGCUGGUACUGGCUAUGGACCAGGAGGAGGAGUUGGACCUGGUGGUGCUGGAGUUGGACCCGGUGGUGCUGGUACUGGCUAUGGACCAGGAGGAGCUGGAGCUGGUGGUGCUGGCACAGGCUAUGGACCAGGAGGAGUUGGACCCGGUGGUGCUGGCUAUGGACCAGGAGGAGUUGGACCUGGUGGUGCUGGUACUGGCUAUAGACCAGGUGGUGCUGGUACAGGUUAUGGACCAGGUGGAGGAGUUGGACCUGGUGGUGCUGGUACAGGCUAUGGACCAGGUGGAGGAGUUGGACCUGGUGGUGCUGGUACAGGCUAUGGACCAGGUGGAGGAGUUGGACCUGGUGGUGCUGGUACAGGCUAUGGACCAGGUGGAGGAGUUGGACCUGGUGGUGCUGGCUAUGGACCUGGAGGUUAUGCUGGUGCCAAAGCCCGAAAAUAUGGUCUGCCUGGAGGUGCUGGGGGUGCCCUGGGCGCAGGAGGACUAGGUGGUGGACCUGGUUCUGGGCUCGGAAUAGGAGGAGGGGUCCCUGGACGAGGUGUUGGAAUAGCAACUGGUGGCGGACCUGGAGCAGGACUGGGGACUGGUGUGAUACCUGGUUCUGGUGUUGGAACGGGAGGUGGACCGGCUGGCUUUGGACCAGGCAGUGUUGGAGGGCUUCCUGGUGGAGGAAGAACAGGAUACGGACCUGGUGGGUAUGGGCCUGGGCCUGGGACUGGUUACGGACCAGGUGGAGGCUAUGGUGUAGGACCAGGGGCUGGAUAUGGAACAGGCUAUGGAGCUGGAUCAAAACCUGCAAAAUACGGUCAAGGUGGAAUAGGUGCUGGUGGGGUACUUGGAGGUGGAGCAGGACGAGGUGGUGGUUAUGGACCAGGAAGCUUUGGAACUGGCACAGGCUAUGGCACAACUGGAUCUAAAGCUGCUAAGUACGGGCUACCUGGUGGAGUUGUACCUGGGGCAGGAGCAGGGACUGGCACUGCAGGAUCUGGCACAGGGACCGGCACUGCAGGAUCUGGCACAGGGACCGGCACUGCAGGACCUGGCACAGGGACCGGCACUGGCAUUUCAGUGAAUGGCACCGACACAAGCAGCAGUGCAGGGACAACAGCUGGACCCAGUGGAGGAGGAGGAGGAGGAGGAGGAAGAGGAGGAGCCACAGGAGGCACCCCAGCUCCAACAUCAGAAGGUGAUGGUGGUGCUGUGAUAGAGGGAUCUGGAAGUUCUGGAGGAGAAGGAGGUACUGGCGUAGCUGGCAGGCCAGUGGGUGCAGGAGGUGAUGGAGAUGGAUUAGGUGGAACAGGAAUCCCCAUCAUUGGAGCAAAGCCAGGUCUCAACGGGACAGAAGUUCCAGGUUCCACAGGAGCCGGCCCUAUUGGUGGCGGGGCUGUGCAACCAAGUGGUUCUGGUGGCGAUCUCUCAAGUGGGAUACUACCUGGAGCCAAACCCCUCAAACCCCCAGGUGUCCCCAGAGGCGACACGCCAGGUGAAGGAGAUGGAGAGGGAGGUCCUGAUGGAGAGAGAGGUGGUACAGGAACCCCAGGUGGAGGACUGGGAGGAGUAGGAGGGAGUCCUACCAGUGCCGGAGCAGCAGGAGGUGUCUCAGGUGGUGCAACAGGAGUGGGAAGAGGAGACAGUCCUGCUACAGGUACUGGAGUUGGACCAGGAGGUGCAGCUGGUGGAGUUGGAGGAACACCAAAACCACCCAAAGUAUACGGACCUGACGGGACUGUAGCAGGAGGCGCAAGUGGUGGCCUUGGUGCAGUAGCAGGAGGAGUUGGAGGAGGUCCUGGAGGAGCAGGCUUGGUACCUGGGGCUGGUGGAGCUGGUGGAGUAGGAACAGGAGCCCUUAAACCUGGAAAAAGCUAUGGUGCAGGUGGAGCUGGAGUUUUACCAGGUGGAGGCCUACGUUACCCGAUUGGAGCCGGAGUAGGACAGGGGGCUGGAAAAUCAGGCAAAGUAUAUGGGACUCUUGGAGCAGGAGGCCAGGGAGGGGUUGUGCCUGGCGGUUAUGGAGCUGGUCCUGGUGGCUAUGGUACUGGUCCAGGAGGUUAUGGUGCAGGACCCGGAGGUUACGGGACUGGCCCAGGUGGCUAUGGUGCUGGGCCUGGUGGAUAUGGAGUCGGACCUGGAGGCUAUGGAGGCCAGACUGGAGGCAGAGGCAUUGGUGUUGGUCCUGGGGGUGCCGGGACCCUCGGAGUUGGAACUGGUGCUGGAGGUUUAGGAGGAGGAGUAGGAGCAGGCCCUGGUGGAGUCGGUGGUGGACUGGGGAGAUAUGGUGGUGGUGUGGGUCCUGGUGGUUCAAGAUAUGGCACAGGUCCAGGACUGGGCACCGGCACUGGCAAACCACCAAAACGAUAUGGGGCAGGAGCUGGUGGUACUGGGGUUGGACCUGGUGGCUACGGGACUGGACCAGGUGGUGUUGGUCCUGGCGGUUACGGGACUGGACCAGGUGGUGUUGGUCCUGGCGGUUACGGACCUGGUGGCACUGGACCAGGUGGUGUUGCUCCUGGCGGUUACGGACCUGGUGGCACUGGACCAGGUGGUGUUGCUCCUGGCGGUUACGGACCUGGUGGCACUGGACCAGGUGGUGUUGCUCCUGGCGGUUACGGACCUGGUGGCACUGGGCCAGGUGGUGUCGGUCCUGGCGGUUACGGACCUGGUGGCACUGGACCAGGUGGAUAUGGACCUAGCUCUGCCGGGACAGGACUGGGUGGUGUCGGAACCAGGCCAGGUGGCUUUGGACCAGGUGGUGUUGGAACAGGACCAGGUGGAGCAGGGGUCAUUCCUGGUGUUUAUACUGCUGGAGGUCAAGGACUGGGGACAAGAAAGCCCCCCAAAUCAGGCUAUGGAUCAUCCUCACUGGGUGGAGCAGGCUAUGGGCAAGGGGUUGGACCUGGUGGAACAGGUACUGGACCUGGGAGAUAUGGGCCUGGUGGUUUUGGGCCUGGCGGAGCUGGCACAGGAACGGGAGGUUUCGGACCAGGCGGAGCUGGCACAGGAACGGGAGGUUUCGGACCAGGCGGUGCUGGCACAGGAGGCUUCGGACCAGGCGGUGCUGGCACAGGAGGCUUCGGACCAGGCGGUGCUGGCACAGGAGGCUUCGGACCAGUCGGUGCUGGCACAGGAGGCUUCGGCCCAGGCGGUGCUGGCACAGGAACGGGAGGUUUCGGACCAGGCGGUGCUGGCACAGGAACGGGAGGCUUCGGACCAGGCGGUGCUGGCACAGGAACGGGAGGCUUCGGACCAGGCGGUGCAGGCACAGGAACAGGUGGUUUUGGACCAGGCGGUGCUGGCACAGGAACAGGUGGUUUUGGACCAGGCGGUGCUGGCACAGGAACAGGUGGUUUUGGACCAGGCGGUGCUGGCACAGGAACAGGUGGUUUUGGACCAGGCGGUGCUGGCACAGGAAAAGGAUUAGGAAAAAGAAAACUCAAAUCUGGUUAUGGAGGAGCUGGGUAUGGAUCAGCAGGUACAGGAGCAGGUACAGGAGCUGGUCCUGGUGGAGUUGGAGCUGGAACUGGGACAGGCCCUUUUAGUUAUAGGCCAGGAGGUGCUGGAACCGGUGGCUUCGGCCCAGGAGGCGCUGGAACCGGUGGCUUUGGCCCAGGAGGCGCUGGAACCGGUGGCUUUGGCCCAGGAGGUGCUGGAACCGGUGGGUUUGGCCCAGGAGGUGCUGGAACCGGUGGCUUUGGCCCAGGAGGCGCUGGAACCGGCGGCUUUGGCCCAGGAGGUGCUGGAACAGGGCCAGGCGGUUUUAGACCUGGUGGUGUGGGUGGAUAUGGACCUGGUGGCCAAGCAGCAAGGAAGCCUUCUAAAUCCGGUUACGGCUCGUCGUUGGGUGGAACUGGCUAUGGACCAGGUAGUGCAGCGGGAGGAACAGGAGGGGCAGGAGUUCCAGCAGGAACAGGUCAGGGAGUAGGAGGAGGUGCGGGCGGCUUACCAGCAGGGGGUGUUGGCCCUAGUUAUGGUAGGACGGCUGGUGGAACCUAUCCAGGAUAUACGGGGGCCGGCCAAAAAUCAAAGGCACAGAAGGCAGCCAAAUAUGCAGCCAUGCAGGCCUUUCUGGGAGCUGGCGGCUACAGAGGCGCUGGCUGUCAGGGUAAAUACUGUGGCCGGAGGAGGAAGUGAGAGACCAACAGACAGGAAGUGACCUCAUCAAACCAACAGUGGUGCUAUUGCAUGAUGUCUGAUUGUAAAUGUCUGACCUGCCAUAGAAGCUAAAGCUUCAACACAUUCAACAUUGUUACACUUUUCAUUUGCUUAGAUUUUAUACAAGGGUCUCCUUCAAAAAAGAGAAAUCAUUCUCAACCUGUUAUGGACGCGAUUCCUCAAAACAAGGCGAAGCCUGUGUUGCAGGCUGCUGUUCAGAGUAGUGAAAUUGGCCCUUGUUGUGUUGGUUUUUGGAAAAUUCAGUGAAGAAUUUUUAAAUGUUCACCACUUUAGAGGAUCCCGACUACCAGGCUGAGAACAAGAUUUCUUCUUAAAUUGUGAGGCCAAGCUGUACUAUAAUACAGUUUGUGUUUAUUGUUGUUGAACAUCAUUUGUGUUCCUUUGCAAGUAUCAGCAUGAAUCCUCUGGGUGAAGACUGAUACCAAGGACACCCUCAGGGCAGCUCCUCCAGACCUGUCUGCGUGCUGACACAAUGAUUCUCCAAGGUCAUACUUUUAUCCAGUUAGACUGGGUUCUCCUUGGGUCUGCAGAGUGUAAUGUUUGUUUUAUUAAUUCACUGUUUUUAGCUUUUACAUCAAAGUGCAAACACUUGGAUAAUCUGUAUAAAGAAACAGACGGCUGCUAUUUUGGGGGAACUGUGAACAAAAGUGGACUUUUUUUGUAGUAUGGUGUUUUGACUGGUCAUUAUCUGAUCCCUGAAAAGUAGUCUGUGUUCAUUUUAGGCCUCAGCAGCAUCAACAAAUGUGGAGGCUGAAGGUCCUCAGCUGUUAACACUCGUGAGAUUCUUCCACUUCAUGCACAACAUUAAAGGCACCACUUUAUAGCUACUUAACACUAAUUGGUUUUAAUGUAAACUUUUGGUUAACAUGCAUAUUUUUGUCAUUAUUAGAAAGGUGUACUUGUUAUGAUUUUAUGAUAUGGUUGGAUUUGGCUUUUACAUUUGCUGUUGAGGUAAGCAUUCAAACUAAAUGUGAGGUAAUAGAAUUAGAAUACAUAAUAGUGCAUUUAAAUGGCAUCUGAGGAGCGUUGAUUACUGUGUUUUUCUUUUUUUUUUGGAUGUAUCUCCUUUAACACUGUUAGGAAAUUGUUCACGUUUGCUAGUCUUUUUAAAUUAUGCUGAAAAAAAGCAGAGAAAAAGCGGAGUGCUUUAUGUAUUUAGUCUCAUUUUACGAAUUCAAGUGCAUUAAUACAUUAUUAAAUAUUUGAGUUAUUUUGUGUGUGGGUUUUAACAGUUUUUAAACUCGUGUACUAUUAUGAUUAAUAUAAGUGCUUUGUUUUCUAUAUUGUGCUAAAUCACAAUGUAGUCUGAUGUCAUUUGGAUAACAAGUGUAAUUGAAUCUCAUCUUGCAUUUGAGCUUACGUUUUAUGUCUCUAUCAUGUAGCUCAACGUGUGUUUUUAACAUCUGUGUUCUUUGUGCGGCCUAUGAAGAAAAUGAUGCACUUUUGUACACUUUCAGACAAUGCUCUCUGAAAUAAAGAAAUGACCAAUGACA